ACGCAAUAUGGUGAAUACGACGGAUGCUUGCGAGACUCGCGAUCCGUGUCAACAUGGCGGCAUUUGCAUUUCUACGGACAGCGGACCAAUCUGCGAAUGUCGCACCGGUGAUUACGAAGGUGCAUACUGCGAGAAAGAGGCAUGGAGCACUGUGCUGCCCACGGCGGGUGCUGGUGAUUACUGGGCUUUGGAUUACAACAAAGCCCCCUCGGAAGCGUCCUUUAGAGGAACUGAGUAUCUCACGAUAGAUUUGAGCAAAGGAGAACCGGUGCUCAGUACACAGGAAUAUGUAAGUCUCCAGUUCAGAACGAGACAGCCAAAUGGACUUUUAUUUUAUUCCGGAGAGGGCGAUGAUUAUCUCAUCAUAUCGCUGAGAGACGGAGGUGCCGCGGUCGGGAUGACCCUGGCCAAAGGGAGAUUGGAUCUGCACAUAAAACCAGCCAGGGUGCGGUUCGACGAUCAUCAAUGGCACAAAAUCGUCGUCCACCGAAAGGUUCAAGAGAUUUCUGCAAUAACCAGCUUUUGCAGGCUCUCUGCUCUUGUCGAUGGGAUUUACGCUGAGCAUGGUCAUACUGCGGGAUCGUUCACACAUUUGGCGAGCGAUCGACUUCUCGUCGGCGGAGGCGCUGAUGCAAGGUCCUUACAGGGCGCCAGAGGGAUCAACAACUUCGUCGGAUGUCUGAGAAAGGUGGAGUUUGCCGCCGAAGGAGUGAAAAUGGAGUUGAUUGAAGCCGCCAGAAGCGGAGCGGCGGGUGCUGCGGCUUGGGGAAAGAUGGAUUUUCACUGUCGCGAACCCAGAGCCUCAGACCCGAUCACGUUUACCACCAGGGACUCGCAUCUCAAGGCCGGAGGAACGAUAACCUCGAGGCGACUCCACGGCGCUUUGGUCACCUUCACCAGCCCAGAGUCCCACCUGGUUCUGCCACCCUGGAAAGCCGCCAAGUCCGGGAGUAUAUCCUUCAAAAUUCGUACGAACGAACCAAAUGGAUUGAUCAUGUACAGUCGCAGCGGAGCGCACACGAGGCAAGAUUUAUUUGCCUUCGAAAUUCUUGGCGGACAUCUUUAUCUGCACGCCGAUCUCGGAAGUGGUCCCAUUAAAGUAAGAUCGUCAAAAACACGCGUAGAUGAUGGCAUCUGGCACGACGUUUCCCUAAGAAGAGUCGAGAGGGAUGGUCGCGUUACUGUCGAUAGCUACACAAUGGAAUUUCGUACGCCAGGAGAUUCCACGCAAUUAGACUUGGAUGGCUUAUUAUACAUCGGUGGUGUAGGUGCACCCUUUGCACCCUUAACUGUCCCGCCCGUUCUGUGGACGGGCGCUCUUCGACAAGGCUACGUGGGUUGCCUAAGAGAUCUUGUCAUUAAUGGACAACCAAUAGACAUCGCGGGAUACGCACAACAACAGGAUUCAGGUGCAGUAAGACCAGCAUGUCACAUUCAACCCCCACAUUGUCCUUCUCAGCCGUGUAUGCACGGUGGCCAUUGCCUCGAAGGGUGGAAUCGAUUUCAUUGCGAUUGCACUGGCACACCUUUCACAGGACCCACUUGUGGCAAAGAUGCGUCGACGCUACAUCUGAACGGCACACAACAAAUGUCGGCAUUGAUGCCGGAGGACUCCAGAACACAGGCGGAGGAGGUCAUCGUACGAUUCAAAACGACAAGACCGCGCGGGCUUCUAUUAGCGACUAGCUUAGAAAACAGCGCCGAUCGCUUGCAGAUCUAUCUAGAUGAGGGCAAGGCGCAAAUGGUAAUUCACAUCGGAGAUCGAGAGAAGUCAUUGGUGGCUGGGCAAGGACUUAAUGAUGACAUGUGGCAUACACUGAGGUUCUCCAGGCGAUCCAAUUCGCUCAAAUUCCAGGUCGACGAUGAAGCGGCAAUACGAGCGGAGACGCAACUGGGAAAGCAGAGCAUCUUGGAAUUCCGCACUCUCCACGUAGGCGGAUAUCUUCACGCAGGUGAGGACAUACCGCAUUUCGUGGGUCAAUUGCAGCAGAUCUGGUUCAAUGGAUAUCCAUACUUGGAGAUUGCGCGCAGCGCUGGGAGCCAUCAAGCCUCGCAUCAGGGUGUCACGCCCAUCAUUCGGGUUACCGGCAAAUUUGGAAAGAGGAAUCAUCCAGUUCACCAUCCGGUGACCUUUACCUCCAAACACACCUUCGUAGGUCUUCCGGUGCUCAAGGCGUACGUGGAGACUAACAUCUAUUUCCAGUUCAAAACACGCGAGGCAAACGGCUUGAUCCUUUAUAAUGCCGGAAGGGAGCAUGAUUUCAUUGCGGUCGAAUUGGUAAACGGACACGUUCAUUACGUGUUUGACCUAGGCGAUGGUGCUGUUAGGGUCAGGGACACUUCGAAGUCCAAGUUGAACGAUGGCAAAUGGCAUGCCGUCAGUAUCGGUAGACCUGCAUCAAAGAGACACACUCUCGCUGUAGAUGACCACGUGACCGCCGUCAACAGUCAGGGCAGCAACGAGAAUCUUGAUCUCGAUGGCAUUUUGUACAUAGGUGGUGUGGAAAAGACGCAAUACGGCCAAUUACCGAAGCAGAUUCUCAGCCGUCAUGGAUUCGAGGGAUGUCUAGCGUCACUAGAUCUCAGCGGGAAAGCACAUCUCAUUACCGAUGCCGUCGUGCCAAGUUCUCUCAUUACAUCCGGAUGCGACAUUUACACCAACUUGCAUCCGGGCAAGAAGUGCACUCAUGAUCUCUGCGCCAAUCAUGGGACAUGCGUGCAGCAGUGGAAUAGCUAUACAUGCGACUGCGACAUGACGAGUUUUACCGGGCCGACUUGUAAUGACGAGGCUAUCGCUUACGAAUUUGGAGCCGGAAGAGGAAUUAUCACGUAUACCUUUCCGCCUGAUCGUCGACCGGAAAUGAAGCGGGAUACUGUGGCUUUUGGUUUCGUCACCGGCGUUAAUGACGCUGUAUUGCUUAGGAUAGAAUCUGCGUCAAGUAAUGAUUAUCUCGAAAUCGAAAUUGUGGAAGGUAACGUUUUCGCGGUUUAUAAUAUGGGCACCAAUGAUCAUCCGAUCGGCGAGGUUGGCGUGAAAGUUAACGACAACCAAUAUCAUGUGGUUAGAUUUACCAGAACAGGGCCGAACAGCACGUUACAAGUCGAUGACUACAAUUUGCAAUCUAAUCAUCCAUCGGGUCAUCAACUGACAGUAUUCAACAGCCAGUCGACUAUUCAAGUGGGUGGUCGAUGGAAUCGCAGUAAGGGCAGAGUGGAAAGACCAUUUCUCGGUGUAAUAGCCGGCUUAGUCGUCAAUGGUGCUAGAAUCUUAGAGCUGGCAGCAUCUAAAGAUGGCAAAGUUACGACCAGAGGAGAUGUGCAGCUUCUACCAGCCGGGAGUCUUUUGGAUCGUGCUGCGCCUUUGCAAAGAAUGCAACAGACGCCCGCAUCCGGUUUUCCCGGCGUCAUGGACGACCUUAUAUUCUCCGGCGCAGGAAGUGGCUGCGCCGGAGAUGACGAGGACGAGGAGUGUACUCCAAUCUACGAGUCAGGCUCCGAUGAUAUCAUCACACCAGUAUACGUAGCGCCCACACGAUUACCGACGACAUUGAGGCCAAAGCUGCAUAAAGAAAAUAUUCAAGAACGUCCAUCCUGCGACGAUGAGGAAGACUGCGAGGAGGGCUCCGGCGAUCUCAGAACAACGGAAGAGAUUUUCGUCACUUCGGCUUCCGAUAUCAGCUCGGUGACGUACACGACGCCUCGUGAGUACUCGACGAGCCAUACCAGCAUCCAGACGACGUCGUCGGCGUCGUCGACAACGUUGAAUCGCGACGUCGUCACCGUCUCCGUCCAAUAUAAUGUGUCAACCACAGACCUCGAGACCAGCCAUAGCAGCAGCGUCGUGACGCAUCGAUCGACAACCGUGACGACGCAAACAAUCCCGACGGAGAUGACGGAGCCGCCACCGCCGCCUCCACCACCGGUGUACCCACCGAUGCCCACUCCGCCCAAGAACAACAAUAAUAAGCGGAUUACGUCCGAGGCGGCCGAGAACGCCGCGCUUAUAAUCGGCAUCAUAGCCGCCGCGCUGAUAGCGAUAGUCCUGAUUAUACUAAUAAUCCUCAAGUUUAAGAACCGGCCGGAAACGAGCUACAAGGUGGACGAGACGAAGACGUUCUGCCAGGAUCCGAACGCGGCCUUGCUGGGCGCCGCGGGCUCCGGCCAGCCCUUCAACGGCGCCCUGAAAAAUGGCGCCAACGGCAGUAAAAACAAUAAGAAGCGAGAACUGAUAGAUAUUAAGGAGUGGUAUGUGUAAGGGGAGCAUCCACACUGGCAGGACAUUGCCUUGUGCUCGAGGCUUGUGUACAGGGGACAUGCCAGGACGUGGGAUCGAGAUCGUGCUCGUCUUUUGUCGCCUUUCGUCGUCGGAAAGAAUCGAAGGUCGAGAGAGGCAGAGGAGACUAAGCGAAAUGGUCCUUCGAGGGUCUCGGAGCAUCCUUGGAAAACUCUUAGAUACAAGUUCGCUUGGAUGCAAGAGAGAUUCCGAGAUUCCAAGGAUCUGCCUCGAAGCUCGAUGGUACAACCGUAUAUUCUUCAAGAGAAUUUUCCUCGAGCUGUUCAACGCGCGAUAGACAAUUUUCACGAAGUUGUCUUGCGAAAUUAACGACGGACUUACGAUAUUAUUGCGCGAAUGGAAACAAUCCGUCAGCUGAGCGAAGAAAAGGAUCAUUAUUUAGAAAAUUACGUGUAGUUAGGAAGACUUGUGUCGUUUAAUAAUCUCCUGUGAGAAGGAUUGAAAACGCACGAGGGACGAUCGACGAUCGGCGGAUCAAGUAUCCUUGAUAUAGUACGUUUUCUAAGAACUCACUUUAAGAUUGAGAUCGAUAGAUCGAUCAUAACACUAUAUCGACGGGGAUUGGAAACAUAGGCGAUUUCUCUUUAAUUCUAAUGCGAAUUGAGGGGAAAUCGAUCGCACGUAGGAAGAUCCAUCUCGCAAAAAGAAGUAAUGAGACGCGAGACACCGAUCUAGCGCUUCUCCUCUUAUUUCCUCGACGUGAAAUCUCAGGACAAAAUUUAGGCACGUGAUAAGGAUCGUAAACGUUCUAAAAAGAUCUUCUUCUCUUUUUGUUUAUUUUGUUUCAUUAUUCAUUUUUCGAGACGAUUCUUUUUCGGAUAACGAUUGCUGGUGCUGCUCGAUUUUUUAGUAUAAUUAACACUUUAGGACAAGGCAAUUCGCCGGCAAUCGAAAGAUCAGCAUUUGUAAGUAAGACGUUGGUUAACACGAGGCAACUUUUUUGUCUCGGUCCAGAAUGACUUCUCGACGAGGAACGAAGAGGAAAACGACCGCGACGAUCGUGAAAUUAAUCGUAGGAAUUAAUUGAAAAGACAGGAACGUUGAAGGUGAUAUUAGCAGUGACUGAUUCGGAUGAAUCUUAGCGAAGUAACUUGCACUGAUGAGGUAGGUUAUUUUUAUUAUUUUGUGGAUUUUACUUCCAACAUCCUCUCUCCAUGAGCGCGACGUUGGAUCGACCCCAGGCACAUGUUGAAGAACACGUUAAUUUCAGAGUAUAUGUAGUGAUCUGUUAUUUAUUUAUAAAAUUAAAUUAUCUGUCUAUUAAAGGUUAGAUAAGAUGUUCGAGAGCGAUUUGUACGAUCUUUUAAAUAAGAAACAAUACGUAAGAAACUAAGAGAAAUGCGCACGGAUGUUUCAUACUAUUUAUUGCUAUAAGAUUUUAUGAAUGUUGUAAAAAAUCCGGAGAAAUUAAUAAUCUGUGGGAAAUAGAUGAGAUAAAUAAUUUUAUGUUAUUUAUUUAUUAAUUUAAUAUAAAGAAUAUAUAGAAAUAUGAUUUGUGUGUGCAAAUUCAUUGAUUUGAAAUAUAAAUGAUCUCACAGAGAAAGUAGAUUAUAAUUUUUU